CGGGCCCACUACUUUGGGAAAAAUAUCAAAAAAAAGGGGUCGAUGUUGAAUUUUCUUGUGUGAAUUGACGAAAUUAGGCAUCAGAGGACUGUUAUUGCGAACACGUUGGGCAGUGGUAAUUCCGUUAUUUCGGCCGCUGCAUGUGUGAACGCGUCUUACGCACAAGAAGAUCCCAAUUGGACUAAGGAUAUGAUAAAGUCACAGCAGCGUGUUGUUAGGUUUCUCACCCAUCAUCCUUGAUUGGCGGGUGACGGUGAGAAUUUAUUAGUGCAAGUCAUAAACCAAUGCGGUUUAGACCUAGCAACGCACGGUUUGGUUAAAUGUCCGCAAUUACGUCUGGUGUUUCGGAGUUUUGAAUCGGUUAUUAGAAAAACAUUGGUUUAUUUAUGUUUGUAGUUUUGUACUAGGUUAUGAAUGUCCUCUGUUUCAUGGGCUUUUGAUUGGAUUGUCGAAAGAUUCAAGAUUCGGUCUUGUGGCCUAAUUUUAUUCUUCUUUAACAUGAUAUCCUUGUACUACUACUGAUUUUGAAGGUUGAGCAUGGUCUUAAUAGUCUAGUUGUUUUUGGUUAAGGUUUGGAUCAUAAUUGCAGAGAUUGAAAAAAGCUAUGUGAGAGCCUUCUAAGGGGAGAAACUGCAUUGUUUCUUAGUAUUUUGACUCGUAAAAUGCUGAAGGUAAUUUUGAACUAUUCAUUGAUAUUUUUUGUGGUUCCUGAGCCUGAUUUGUUAGCUUCAGCUGCAUAAUUCUGUAAGAGAACUGUAUGGUUUAAUCACCUUCUUUUGAUCUUUAAUGUGUAAGGAAUUAAAAGAUGGGACAAUCUGAUCGGUAAUGUUGGUUUUUGAGAUGGUGAAAAUGAGUUCAGAGGUGUUUUAGUUUCACACAGGCUCUGUUUACUUAGCGCACAAGAAUAAUCUCGCUUUCACUAUGCUUUUUAGUUUUUACUAUUGGUUCCUAGGGACCCAUUGAUCCACAAGGGGAGAGCUUUUUCUAUACUAUACUCUACUUCUCUUUUCAUUUCUUUUGAAAUUUUCUUUAACGAUGCAGAAGUCAAGGUUAACCUUGUGAUAAUAAUUCUCAUUCAAAUUUCAAAGUUCAACGGAUCAAAUAAAAAAAGAUUGUCUUUAUUUGGCCCACCAAAAGCAAAAGGUUCCACCAUUUUCUCUCCUCUUGCUCACUGUUUUGUCUUUUUAACGGCAACAAGAGCUACUUGAGAGAAUGAAACAGUCUUUAAAAACUUGUUUUCUUUUUACUACCUUAAAACUUGUCUUGAUCCGAGUUCUUUCAAAGAAGAGAUGGAGAAGAUGGAAGAUGGUGGAAUCUUGACAUAUGAUGGUAGAUAUGUUAUGUACAAUGUACUUGGUAACAUUUUCGAGCUAUCUUCAAAAUACAUUCCUCCUAUUCAACCAGUCGGUCGAGGUGCCUAUGGUAUUGUCUGCUGUGCUACAAACUCAGAGACAAACGAAGAGGUUGCUAUAAAGAAGAUAGCAAACGCGUUUGACAACAGAGUUGAUGCUAAAAGAACUCUCCGAGAGAUCAAACUCCUUUGCCACAUGGAUCAUGACAACGUUAUCAAAAUGAAAGAUAUAAUUGAGCCACCAGAGAAAGAAAGGUUCGAAGAUGUGUAUAUUGUUUAUGAGUUGAUGGAUACUGAUUUGCACCAGAUCAUUAGAUCCACUCAAACUCUAACCGAUGACCACUGUCAGUACUUCCUUUACCAAAUUUUGAGAGGCCUAAAGUACAUACACUCUGCAAAUGUACUUCACCGCGACCUGAAACCAAGCAACUUGGUUCUGAAUACAAAUUGUGACCUUAAAAUCUGUGAUUUUGGGCUAGCAAGAACUUCGAAUGAGACAGAGAUAAUGACUGAGUAUGUUGUGACGAGAUGGUACCGUGCACCUGAAUUGCUUCUCAACAGCUCUGAAUACACAGGAGCUAUUGAUAUUUGGUCUGUUGGUUGUAUAUUCAUGGAGAUACUCAUAAGAGAGACACUUUUCCCCGGUAAAGAUUACGUUCAACAGCUGAAACUUAUCACUGAGCUCUUAGGGUCACCAGAUGACUCGGAUCUCGACUUCUUGAGAAGCGAUAAUGCGCGAAAGUACGUAAAACAACUCCCACAUGUUCAAAAACAAUCAUUCAAAGAAACGUUUCCAGACAUUUCCCCAAUGGCUUUAGAUCUUGCUGAAAAGAUGCUGGUUUUCGAUCCUUCCAAACGCAUCACAGUGGAGGAAGCACUGAAGCAGCCGUACUUGGCAAGUCUCCAUGAGAUCAACGAAGAACCAACGUGUCCUUCGCCUUUCAGCUUCGACUUUGAGGAGACAGCCUUGGAUGAACAAGACAUCAAGGAGCUUGUCUGGAGAGAGUCUUUACACUUCAAGAAUAAGUAAUCUCCCAAAUUCUCACUCUCCCUACAAUUUAAGACAUUUGCAAGCUUAUUUUUCUAAGUUGUGGGGGCAUAGUUUACAUAGCUCGUAUGUGUGCAUGUGUUUGUUUUGAUGAUGGUUGUGCAAUGGGAAGAAAGUGCUUGCCCAAUCAAA